GCGCUGCGGAGCGGUCUAUGGAGUAGGACGUGGUUUGUGGUAGCUCCUGCCAAUUUCGUUUAUAAUACUUAUUCAACUGUGCUUUUCUUUGUAAACAAAGUCUCUGUCGAUUGUCUUGCACUUUGGUCCCACGUAUAUACUUUUUAUUUGCACCAACAAUGUCGGGAAGGGGAAAAUCUCGUACUAUUCAGACGCAGCUUAAGUCAUGCUCGCAGGCCUCGGCUUCUUCGCCGCCAGACCCAUGUGCUGUGACCGCUCCGACUCAGAUGAACCCGGUUGCCGAUACCCUCAAGCUUGAACUACUGGCAUCUUUGAAAGAAGAUAUCGCUGGCAURAUUAAGAAGGAACUUCAAGAGGUUCUUGGAGAUGCGUUAUCAUCCAUUAAAGCUGAGGUACAGGCUGUGAAAACGCAGCUAGCAAGUGACCAUGCCGCUACUGAUGCUAAACUGGUUAAGCUAACGGCUACGGUGGGGGAUGUGGAGGAGGCGCUCACAGGGUGCACUGACGACAUUACCAGUAUGAAAACUACACUGGAGCGGCUUACGGCUAAGGUCACCAUYUUGGAAGACAAGUGUGAGGACUUAGAGUCAAGAUCGCGCCGCAACAAUAUCAGGAUCAUCGGCGUGGAGGAGGCRGCUGGCUCCUGCUCACCCACCGCUGUGGCUGCYCUGCUGAAGGAAGCGCUCGGGCUGGAAAAGGAACCGCUGGUGGACCGGUCUCAUCGCUCUCUUCAACCCAAACCCAAACCAGGCGAACGACCUCGAGUAAUUGUGUGCAGGCUUCAUUACUACAGUGACUGUCUGGACAUUUUACGUCGUGCCAGGGAGCGCCAGCGGAUUAAAGUCGGAGCCGCGACCAUAUCGAUUUUUCCGGAUCACACUGCUAAGGUCGCCCGGGCCCAAGCAGCCUUCAAUGAGGUGAAGCGGCUACUUCGUGGCAUCGAAG